GAAAAAGUUCCGAUGAUUUAAUCUACGCCACGGCUAGUAGCUUUCUUCAAGAAGGUAUGUAAAGACAUCUUUCCGUGCAAUCAUCAUUGUUGGUCGAUUGUCGAUUGCUUGCCAUUCUGGUAGUUAAGUGAAAAUCAUGGCGGGAGCUAUCCUCGGUCUCAUUCUUAGUCCGCUGUUCUUCGCCAACUGGGUUUCAGCCAACAACCUCAUACACGAUGUCGGAAGCGAUGUUCUUGGGUGCGCUACAGUUGAAGCCAUCUUCCCGGACAAAGUCUUUUACUCCAAUAGUACCGUUUACCAGUACGAAAACAAGAAUUUUUGGUCUCAGACGGAAUAUUUGAGUCCUGAAUGUGUCUUCCGACCUACGACUGCUAGAGAUGUUGCUACCGCAGUUGCAUUGUUGGGGACGGCAGAAGGAAAGUUUGCUGUAAGAGGCGGUGGCCACAUGGCAAUUAAGGGAUCAAACAAUAUUGACAACGGCGUGCUGAUGGUCAUGUCAAACAUGACGACACUGUCGAUAUCUGACGAUUGCAGCAUUGUCUCUGUCGGGCCCUCGCAUAGAUGGGGGGAUGUGUAUAGUUAUCUUCAGACUUACAAUCGCGCUGUUCUUGGGGGCCGCCUAGCUUCAGUUGGUGUACCAGGGCUCCUUCUUGCUGGUGGCGUAAACUUCUACGGAAAUCAACAUGGAUUCUCUGCUGAUAUGGUCAUUGGGUAUGAGGUGGUCCUGGCAAAUGGAACGAUUGUAUACGUCACCUCCAGCUCCUACGCCGAUCUCUUCUGGGCGUUGAAAGGAGGUAGCAGCAACUUUGGUGUUGUUACAAAAUUUGAUUUGAGAACCGUCCCAUCGGAAGGAAUUUGGGCUGGUAUAUACACCGUCGCACAGGACUAUAUCCCGGACUUUUAUGCGGCCAUUGCAAACUACUCCACGAAUAUCGUCGAUCCACUUUCUCACAUUGUUCCUGCAGUCAUCCCUGUUGACUCAACCACCUCUGUUGGUGCCGUCAUCCUCUUCUAUGAUAGCACUAAUAUCAGCUAUCCUGCUUGUUUUGAGCCUUUUACUUCCAUCCCGAGUGUCAGCAACACUUUGGACUUCAAGACCCUCACAGAAUUCUCCCUUGAGACCAACACCGCUAUAACACCCAAUAUUAAUGACGUGUUCGUUGCUGGAACUAUCGUGGGCAAAACAUAUGACGAGCUUCUUCAAGGAAUAAAGAUUAUCAACGAUACGUUUUUUUCGGCACUUCCUGAGCUGUAUGCUCAACUUCCAGCGGAGAACAUUUCCAUCAUCGAGAUUGACUGGCAACCAAUCGGUUCGCUUUGGUUGAGUGCCUCGGAGGCGAGUGGUGGUAAUGCGCUAGGCCUUGAUUCUUCAAAAGGCACAUAUCUUUGCUAUGCGGAGGUUGUGGAAUGGAUUGGAUCGUCUUAUGAUGAAAUUGUUGCCGCUUGGGUCGAGAAAACAACUUACGCUAUCAACAAUGCUACGGAGGCGGCCGGGCUAUACGAUCCUUUCAACUACAUGGGCGAUGCAGCCGGUUUUCAGAGCAUUUUCCCUGGAUAUGGAGCAACGAAUGAGGCCAAGCUUUUGUCUAUUUCGAGAAAAUAUGACCCAAGUAGACUUUUCCAAACAUUGAUGCCAGGAGGUUAUAAAAUUGGAGUUUAGGAUUAGCCAUUGUGCUUAAGAACACUUAUAUAUAAUAUUGCGCGGAAAAUCGCACACA